UAUAUACAUAUAUAUAUAUAUAUAUAUACAUACAGAUAUAUGCACAUCUUUUUAUUAUGUUAAAUUCCUGUAAAGUUAUAUUAUCUACUUAUAAGAGAAAAGAAGCAGCAAUAGGCAUAUGUCCGUACAUUUGUAUAAGCAACAGAUUGUGUGUGACUGCAAGAUCUGAAUACUUGCUAUCAAAAACAAAUAUUCUUUGCAUAACACUUUCUCUUUAUUGCCAUGUGAGAUCAUGUUAUAUUUAGAUUAUUAUUUAAUAAAUGUGUGUGUGUAAUUAUCUCUUAAUAUUCUGAUUUUAAUAUAAUUAUCUCUUUAUAUCAAUAAUAAUAAUAGAGACUAUUUUAAUUAUAUAUAUUAAGAGUUACUGUAUGGGACUUAUCUAAUAAUAAACGAUAUAUCAAUUAUGAUCAUGUUUCACAUUAAAAAAAAAAUAUUAUUUUAUUUUCCUUAAUAAAGUAAUCAGUGCAAUAGAAAGACAGAUUACAUAAAUAUAUGAUAUUCGAUUACAUAAAUAUAUAAAUAUGUAAUAUUUAUUUAUCAUAAUUAAGAACGAUAUAUCAUAAUCGCGUAUUCUGCUUUUUUUUGUCGCAAAUAUAUUUGAAUGUUUUGUUCGUAACAUUACAAACACAACCACUAUCUGGUUGCGCUUAUAUGUAAUACAUGCUCACAAUAUAAAGACAGUGCGUACGUAGUAUGUACGACGAUGUGUGCUUCUGUAAUGUUUAUCUAGUAAGCGGUGUGGAAAGCGAGGCAGGUAGAGUCGUGCUUUGAUCAGUUAUCCAGGAAGACUUUUGGCCUACUAAACGCCGGACAGAACUCCGUCUCUGUCUUGUGUUGUUUUUUCUUCUGGUAGACGAUAAAAUUAGAAAUGCAGAAAGUGAUAAAAAAGAAUGAGGAUCGGUGAUUAUAUCGAUCGCGUUCCCAUAAAUUAAAAAUGCAUCAAUGGAACAGACAUGACUGAAUUAGUAAUCGUUAUACUAGUUGUAACUUACACGGUCGCAGAACUGCGACUACCUGUGGCUAAUGAAAAACGAGACUACUAGAGUUACGAGAGUCUUGCUGACCCAUGUACCCGUUUCUUGUGAGGAUACAGCGAGGAUAAAUAUAGUACGAAGAUUGAUACAAAAUUGGGCACCUUUAGUAUGGCUCGCGCCCGAAGAACGAUUUUUGCCUCUCGGUGUUACUGAAUUCCUCGAUAACGUACAAUCGGAUCAAUAUUACCUUCGCACUAAAAUAGACGUAGGAUCCUUGUUAAAAAAUCGAUCGUCCUUCUUGUACGGCCGAAAACCUGCCGGAACUGUCCCCGUCUACGCUCUCGUAAAAAAUUGCGUUUCUGAUGCACGCAUGGCAAGUAAGCAAAUAAUAAAAAACAAAAUGAACACCGAUACUUCCAAUGAUUUAAAAACGCAGAUGACAGUACGAGACCAAGUGCAGCAGAUAACAAAAUCACAAGUGGAAAAAAUCAGCGAGAACAGCUAUCAAAAACUUCACUUUCACGUGACUUACUGGAUGUUUUAUCCGUUUAGUGAAGGUAAGACGAUCUGCGUACUAGAUCUUGGAUUUUUCGGCAAUUGGCCGAUACCUACUAUAGGUGGCGUAUGCGUGGGCACGCUCAAAGGAUAUGGAAGUCACAUUGGAGACUGGGAACAUAUGAGUCUUUAUUUCAAAAGUAAAGAGCAUCCUCUAGCAAUGUACGUAUCAGCACACGACUCCGGUGCAUUCUAUCAGUAUAAUCCGCAAAGUGGCACUUUCAUUUAUGAAAGUCAAGAAACAAGAAAGGGUCUCUUUCAGAAGCCAACAUUCCCCGAAAAAGUUUACACCGCCGGUGGUUCGCAUCCGAUUUUGUUCAGCGCGCGCGGUUCUCAUGGACUCUGGACAGCUCCAGGGAAGCAUAGAUUCGUUCGAGUACCUCGUCUGUACGACGAGAGUGGAUUCGGGACCGCUUGGCCGACAUGGAAAAGAUUAGAAUUGCUUUUGGAGGAAGAUAACGAAUCCUUGCCAGGCUGGAUGGCUUUCAGGGGCAAAUGGGGCAAUCCUAGUAGCAAUUGUCAUCCGCUUGCAAAACUAGGUUUCAACAUUUGCGAAUUUGUAGAUGGUCCGACCGGAAUUCCUAUGAAAAAAUUCAAUUUUCAAUGUUGAAAU